AUGGAAAAUAUCCGUAGUCAAGAUUUAAGAGAGCGUCAAAGGGAAAGACGAGUACAACAUGCAAGAGAUCGAAGACAACGGAUGAGUGUUGAGCAAAGACAACAAGAAUUAGCUAGAAGGCGUUCGAAUUACAGACAAAAUAAAGACAAAGAGAAACAAGUUCAAACAUAUAAUACUUCAAAUAUGAGAACCAUAAUGCCAUUUCAAGACUUGACGAAUGUCAAUCUUGCUUCUCGAUUGUUUUCAAUGGCACAUGACAGUGAAGCUGGACCGAGUAAUGCACAUGUCAGUCACAUUCCAUCCCUGGAUCAAAAUUUUCCAUGCCUAAAUUUUCAACAAACUGAUAACAACGAAGCAAGACCAUCUAUAAGAAAUAUUUAUGACAAUGAUUGUGAAUCACCUUCGCAAAAUAUGAAUUCAACGGUUGAAACUCACGAAACACAGUCAGUUUUUGAUCAAGGUACAAUUAUGUAUUUCUAA